CGCGAGCGGCCGCGCGACGCGGUACGAGCGUUUGAAUGCCGCCGGUGCGAACGCGGCGCGUUAUGUGCAUCGAGAAACGUUCGAGCCGCGCGGGGCUCGCUUGUGUCGUCCUGUUCCUUCUCGUGGGAAUUGCUCUGCCGACCGGACUCUGUCAGAAUGCCGAGCCGCGGCGAGGUGCGCUCGAAGACCGGGAUGUGGUCGAGAAGCCGGACCCCGCCGGCGACGACGACGAGUCCUAUGCACCGGGAGUCCACGAGCAGCAGGGCCGGGACACAUCUUCCGAGGGAAAGGAGAUGCUCGAGGAAAACAGAAGGACGUUCCCGUCGCGAGGCGCCAGUGAGGAGGAGCCGGAGGGCGCGGAAGCGGAAGCGAAGGCGGAGGAGGUCCACGGCGACGAACGACACGGGGACAAACAUCUCUUUUUGCCGGGGAGCGGCGCGGGAGCUCCGCCACGGCGAAACGUAAAUGUCACGACAGAGACGUCGAGCAAGCAGCAAGAGGGCAACCUCGGAAGUAGGACGCGCAAGAAGCGUCGCAGGGUCGUGGAGGCCAAGAGCCCGGAUAGCCUCAAGAGCUACGUACAGGAGAUCGCCGUGGAUAGUCGCGAGAACGAGAUAAGAGGUGCGCGGGGUCAAUCGUCGCAGAAGAGGAGCGACUCGAAGUCCAGGCCGAGGAAUCGGGAAGUGCGGAAGUCCCGCGCGGAACGGCGCAGGCGAAGGAAGAAGGACCGAGGCAGGAAGGAACGCAAGAGGAGUGGCAAGAGCUCGCGACAGGAGGACGACAAGUGGCAGGACGUCGCGCGCCGCGCAUCCAAAUACAAGAGGAAGACGCACGACGGCCCUGGCAGGCUCGGGAAGCUCGAGACUGCCAGGACCAACGCGCCCGAGCACUCGGUCACCGUCGACGACGGCCUCGCGACGACGACGAGCGCCGCCAGCGUCGGCACGACGAUGUCGUCGAGUCUUCAGCACCAGCCGACGCUGGGGGCGGCGAGGAGGCCGGCGAGGACGACGCCUCGCCGUAGGAUUUACACCGACACGGUGGAGCGAGAGUUCUCGAGGCACCUGGAGAUGGAGAUCUCCAGGUCGGCCUUGAAGGACUCCUCGUUCCUGGAGGACGACAUCUUCGACCGCUCCCCGAAGAAAUCCGCCGGUCAGGCCGACAAGGCCGCGGACGGCAGGCUCGGUUUCGGCAACUCGCGUUACGACGCCGAGAAGAUGCUGGGCUACACGAGGACCGAGGAGGACCUGCCGAUCUUGGACCUGGAGAACGAAGUGCUCGCGAGGACCCUGAAGGACUACAACGCGUACAUGACAUCGAGCUUGAAGCUGGUGUCGUUGCCGCGCCACGACGAGCCGUCGAUUGGACGCAACGCCGGCUCACAUCCCCCGAGAAAGCCGAUAAUUAAUUCGGAGGAGAGCGACGAGGAGCUCGAGGGAACGACCACGGAAGUCACGGGCGUGACGAAAGCGACGCGGGACGACAACACGGGCGGGGACUUAUCCUGCAUAAACGGGACUUUCCUGCCGGCGCCUCUGUCUCGCCACGCGCUGAUCAAAUAUGUAAAGUCCUCGACCCCGGGCAACGAGUAUUUGGAAGCCGAUUACGAGUGUGUGCCAGGUUUCCAUAUGGUAUCCCCUACGAGCCGAUUAGUCUGCAGAAGUCGUCAGUGGGUCGGACAGGUGCCAAAGUGCGAGAUCAAGCAAAACCCGAGCGGGGCGUGCGCCGAGGCAUCCUGCGAACAUGUUUGCAACGAAAUUAACGGACGUCCCGUCUGCUCCUGCUACAAGGGAUUCAGAUUGGAUGGCCGCAAAUGCGUCGAUGUGAAUGAGUGCGACACGGGCAAUGCUGGAUGCGAAUACAAAUGCGUGAACACACCCGGAUCCUUCCGAUGCGAGUGUCCGAGCGGCAUGAAACAAGGAAGGGACAGAUUCACGUGCACGGACAUCAACGAGUGCUUAUUGAACAACGGUCACGGUCCUUGCCAGGACACCUGUCGAAAUCUCAUCGGCGGAUACGAGUGUUCCUGUGAGGGUCUGCAGGACACAUCACUGGCCGCCGACAAUCACACGUGCGAGCACACAGGCCCGUGCAGCGUCAAUAACGCGGGAUGCUCUCACACGUGUUUGUCCACGAUGGGUCGAGUGUUUUGCCUGUGCCCGGACGGCUUCAUGCUGGAGGACGACUGGAAGACUUGUCAAGAUGUGGAUGAAUGCUCGGUGCCGGAUCUUCAGACGGAGUUGUGUCGCUAUGGGUGCAUCAACACGCCGGGCUCCUACCGGUGCGCGCAACCUAUGGAGCUGAAGGAUCAACCGGUCCUGGACAGCCUGUCCAUUACCUGCCUGCCGGGUUACGAACAGACCCCUCACGGGACGUGCAUCGAUAUCAACGAGUGCACGGUUGAUAACGGCGGCUGCACGGAGGUGUGCGAAAAUACAGAUGGGAGCUUUUUCUGCGCGUGCGACGGCGACGAGAAAGCACUGUCAUCCGAUGGGAAAUCCUGCGUAGACCUAAAUACCAUCUCGUGCCUGCCGCUGAGCUCAGUCAGUCGCGGUUACUUAAUAUGUUCCCGAUCAGCCACGUCCAAGUUGUGGCGCGACAGGCGAAAAGUGCCGAAUCGGCCUAGCACGAGGUGCUUCCUAAAAUGCCCCCAUGGUUAUCAGCUUCGCGGUGAGUACGAGUUGACCUGUCGAUCCGACGGCACCUGGGACGGACCGAAGUACGGGAAAUGCAUGAGAUACAGCAAGCCCCGAUUGGAGUGUCCCAAGGACGUGGUGGCCGAGCUGCCGCCAGGCGGGGACGAGGCGUUCGUGACUUUUGACCAGCCGGCCACGGACCUGGAUUGGUUCCGAUACGUGCGCUCGAAGCCCACGUGGGGCACGCGGCUCGAGGCCAACCUGAAGCCCGGCGUGCACGAGAUCACCUUCUUCGCGCGACACCCGGUAUCGAAGAAGCAAGCCAGCUGUGUGCUGCGCAUCAUCGUCAAAGGUGGUGAGGCACCGAAAGUCAAAGACUGUCCGAACGACAUCGAAGUCGUCGGGAGGAACGGCACGGCGAUCACAUGGACGGAGCCGACCUUCACGGAUAACGUCAAAGUGACGAGAAUCAUUAACAACGAGAGCCCAGGUCGUCGCUUCGACGUCGGCGGUCACCGGAUCGAGUACGAAGCGGGCGACGAGGCCGGCUGGUCGAGCAAGUGCGUCUUCACCGUGGUCCUCCGGCAGAAAUAAGUGGCGGAGAGGAUCAGGAGAGAGAGAGAGAGAGAGAGAGAGAGAGAGAGAGAUGAGAAAGAGAGAGAGACGUGAAAGAGGAAGAGAAGACAGGGACACACGACGCGACAGGGCGGAGGACGAGCGACCGUCGAGAGAGAGGGAGAGAUGAAGAGAGCGUGAGAGGAGAGAACGGAGAGAGGAUGAGCGAAAGUAGGAGGAAGCAGCGUGGAAGAAUAACGACAAGGUAAUAUAAAUGGAAAUGCCGCGGGAUCGGGCGCGCGCCGCUCUCCUUACGUACGCCCGUAAUGGAUUCCGUUUUGUCCGGCAGGUUACACGCGGCUAAAAGAAAAUACGGAUAUCCGCACCCCUUUCUCUCUCUCUCGCCUCUCUCGUCUCCUUCUCCGUCCCCCUGUCGCAUAGGCUAACACGCGACACCGCGCGUGAUAGGGCUGUUAGAGCCCCGAAACGGGGACGAGGCGCGCGUCCAUUUCGAGCUGUAAGAACUAGUCGACAGAGCGUGCCUCGUUCAGAUAAGAGUACUUCGUUGACUGCCACUUUUGAUAGAGUAAACGAUAGUUUGGUAGUAUUGCAACGUGCAAACUUACGAGUAAGCGAUUUCACGUUUAACGUAACGUCACUUUGACACGUAGGCGAAGGUGGAGACAGAGAUCGAUGAAUCUUCCUCUCUCUCCUUCUCCCUCCCUCUCUCUUUCCCUCUCUGCCUCCCUCUCUCUGUCUCGCUCUUUUUCUCUCUGUCUCAAGCAUCGAUUGCGUAUAGCUUCGGGUUCGUCCGUUUCAUUUCCCCAUUUCCUUCUUUUUUUCGCAUGAAGCUUCUGUCCGUUUCUCUUCUUUUGCUCCUCCGCGAAAAAUACAAGGUUAUACGAAUUCACAGAAUUCCUAUAACUCAUCCAUAUAUAUAUAUAUGUAUCUAUCACCGGAGGGAAGGGGGGAGAGGCAGGAGAAGGGCAUGGGAGAAAUUUUAAAUUACAGACACAACGGAUGUGGCCGACAGAAGCGAAUUAAUUAACGCCCCGAUCCCGACGAGUUCGCCGAGCCGUCCCCCCGCUCCCUCCCGGUCCUCUGAUCGCUGUUAGCGGUAAUUUUUCAUCGCAGCGGGUGCAGAAGCGUGCGGCGUACACGAUAAUGCGCGUGCAAAGCGCAACCGCGACACGCGUGUGCGCGCGCGAGAGAGAGAGAGAGAGAGAGAGAGAGAGAAAGCGAGAGAGCGUUAUCGACUCGCGCGCACGCACCACGUUGAGUAGAAAUUAGGCGCUCGUUAUGUCGCUAAAUGCGUCGCCCGGAGCUCGACAAACUCUACUCCGUGCUGAUACGAUAUACACGCGCGCGCGCACACACACACACACAUGUACACACGCUGCGCGAAUAUAUAGUCCACGGUAAUUAACGGGGUGGCGGUCUUGAGUGUGCGCCGGCGUCGCCGGCAGAUUCCUUUCCCGGCGAUAAGACUCUCGCCGAAUGAGCCCGCUGAUGAGCUCAGACAAUAGAGGAUCAACGUGUGCCGCUGUCAAAAUCACACGCGAGCGUUCCCCGGGAGCAUAAGGGUUAGGCGGGAUCUCGCGCGUGGCGUUAAAGCCCGCGUAAACCAUCGCCGGCUUACGGCGAUAAUGUCGGCAUUAUGGAGGGGAAACGCGAGCGUGUUACUAUCCCGAUGCUUGGACGCGGAAUUGCGUCUUACGGGGUCCUGAGGCGACUCGCGCGUCGAUACCAUGGGUGAACGGACGCGGCGCGACGAUAUUAUAAAAUAUAUUGUCGCGAGAUACACACGACGUUCGACGCGCAACAAGGAGAAAAGACUCGAAGAGAGUGCGGCCGCGAGUUCAGCCGCGCAUAAUGCGGCAUUCGAAAUUUCAAAGUACUUCCUGACGAAAAUGUGGCUAUUCGUGAGUAGAUUCAAGAUACUUGAAUCGCGCGCCUCACCAUUUGGUAGAAGAUAGCCCAAAAAAUACAUGUAUUCUGUCGAAAUAAAUAAAAGCAAAAGUAAAAUAACUAAUAGCAGAAUUGACCAUUGCUGAUCACGAUGAAAUCAACCGACGAUUAUGUUAAUUGCAGCUUGGUAAGUCACCCUAAUUCAAUAAAUAUUAUUAGCACUUGUGAUCCAUAUUAUUUUAUUAGUAAAGACUUUAAUCUCUCUCUUCCAUUUCUUACGAUAUUUCCUAUAUGUUUCUUGCAAGGGUCCUAACAAUACAAUUUACUUUGACAAAGUACGUCGAUUAAUUUUUAAUUUUUAAUAAGUGAUGAGGCGCACAUCACUUUGGUGCUUAUAUAUCUUUAAUCUACUUAUGAAUAAUUCUAAUUUUGUAAUAAAAUAAUUUACGAUUUGAAUGCCGCAAAAUGGGGCUAAGAGCUUACGAGAGCUCGGCCGUUCUCUUUAUCUGUGGCGCACAAAGUUCAUUUCUGUGAGACAAACUUCUUUUAUUCCACAAAUUAAUUUUCCAGUGCUUUUCUCUCCGCACGCUUUCAAUUAACGUUGAAUGAGACUGGAAAGCGUACAUGGACGUGUUACUUGUUUUUUAUGCCGCAUAUAAAUGUUCAAAUAUUUUUCUCUUGGUGUCUCAACCCGACACCUAUUAUUAGCAUCAUUAGCGGCGCCGAGACUACAAUCCGUUCGCGUCUCGCGAAAUCUUUCGUGAACCAAGCGAUAUAAUCGAGGAUCUUACAUGUAGAUGCAACACUCUCUUCUUAACGAUCGGCCCUUCCUCGCAAUGUUCUCAUCACCGCUGAGAAGAAAGCUCACGAGCUCUCAAUCGUUUAUUAUAACGCGCAGUAAUAUUUCAUUGCGUUGAAAAAUAUCGCUCUCUACCGUAAUUCCUUUCAGGGCACUUUUCAAUUAUAUCCUCCCACUUGAUCUUAUAUUAAAUAUUAAAUGACGAUUCCCGCGGGAGCUGGCGGAAAUGCGGAAAGUAUUUUUCCUGCCUGCCUCUCUCUCUCUCUCUCUCUCUCUCACGGUUGCAAUAGAAUUGUGCACAGUUGACGCGAUGAAUAAUUACCAGCGCCUAAUUAAACCGAAUCAUUCCGUUGCGAGCGGGGAGCUAUAUUCUCGCGGGGAACUGUAUAUUUGCAAAGUUCCGUUUUCUUGGCGUCUAAGGUGCGCCAAUCACGACGCAGAUAGCCAGUCAGCCAGCCAGCCAGCUAGACAAACAGCCGGCUGGCUAGCCCGGCGUCUUCCUCUUCGUCCAUGAGCACAUGCAAUUGCCACUUACCAUUGCGAAACACAACUUUUUCGUUUCCUGUCCGUUCCACGGGAGACAGAGAGCCACUUGUUUUUCCGGCACGCAUUCGCGCGCAUCAACGACGACGCCCGCAUCGACCCGCGGCACCGAUCAAUUAAUAAUGCUCGUUGCGAGCUGGUAGCUUAAUAACCGCGUGGUCUCCUCGAUGUGGUUCUUGCGUUCCGUUAAACGGCGAAGUACGUAGCGCAACGUAAUGUAAAGGGUAACAGGAAAACAGGCCGCGAGAUGAGCUUAGGUCGCACCGGCUGGGGGGAGAGCUUCACCGCAAGAUCGCGGCCGCGAGGAUCACGACGCGCCACUCGACGCGAGGCCAACAGAUUCGUAGAUCGAUCGACCGAUUCCCCGACGUGAUUCUGCGAUCUCGCUGGAUCCGCGAGAUCGUCACCCUCGCCAGCCCGCCGGUGCGACCUGACGUCGAUUCGCGGCGGCGUAGAUUUACACACACACACACACACACAUACACGCGCGUUUUCGUUUACUAUUUAUUGAUACUCUCCUCUACGUCACACACUCUCGCAUAUCAUUGUUACGGUGUAACGAUCGAUUAUCAUCGUACGGUAUUAUGAUAGAUGUAUAAAAUUUAUGUACUAAAUAUACGUGUAUACAUACAUGUACGUAUGUAUAUUACAAGAA